AUGAGCGGCGUCUUGCGGAGGAAACUGGUCAAGAGCAGACCGGGCAGAGUUUUAGACACCAGUUUCAUCGUGAUGAUGAUCAGCAUGAUUGGUGGAACGACUCCUGGUGGAGUCACGGGGUCCGGUGGAGAGCGGAGGCCUGGGGAAACGGCGUAUCCGCUCGAAACUGGUCGAGCGACAAUCGUGCUGAAGGUUGGAGAAGCGAUGAUGCGAAUGGCUGGAAUGGCGCCGAUCGACAAGAUGAUAGUGAUCCUUGGUCUGGGGGCAGAGAUCCUUGGACGAAAGGAAGCCAUGCGAACGAUCGGCAACCAGACCCGGCAGACGCAGAUGGUCGAGAACGAGUCCGUCGGCAACAAGGUCAGGCGGCCUAUGGAGAUGAGGGUGGAGCCCGAGGACGGGCUUCGGAACGUGACCAUGGAUACGCAGAAGGAGGUGUAUGCCCUGAACCCCCUCGACUACAUGACCAAGGAAGCCGGCGAGGAGGUCCCAUGGCAGAUGGUCGAGCUGAGCCGCAACGUCACAGUGAUUCUGCGCGUCGCGAAGAUGGACAUAAGGACUUCGAGACGCAGCGACACGAGCACCGGCCCUGGUUGGAGUGGAUGGCAGUACUUCGGCGAGGGCGGCGAUGGUUUCCAAGGAGUCGCAACUCUACCUCCUACCCCGCCUGCGGCGGGAGGCCCGAGACCGAGCGAGAAGAUCUCGGUCCCGGUGUUCACCGGAGAGGACGCGGAAGAGCUCGGGUCGUCUGCGAGGUCGUACUUGAGACAGGUGGAAGCAUGGAGGAGGAUGACAUUGAUACCCUUGUCUCAACAAGGGUUAGUGCUAUACCAGAGCCUUUCUGGGAAAGCAUGGGUGGCGGCAGAAGAAUUGAGCGUAGCGAGACUGGGCACGCCCGAAGGCGUGAGUUACUUCAUUGCCUGGAUUACCUCAAGAUUCCUCGACCUAGAGAUAACUCGCAUCGGACGAGCUUUCAGCGAUUUCUUCAGGAAGCUUCGACGUCGCCAAGGACAAACGAUUCGGGAGUAUAACACCGAGUACGACCGUCUUCAUGCUCGACUACGAGAAGUGGGAUGCUGCCUUCCUGAAGAUUGCGCGGCAUGGCUGUACUUGGACCGUCUCCAAUUGGAAGAGGCCCAAGAGCUCAACUUGUUGGCCAGCGUCGGGAACCAGUACAACCUCCAUCGACUACAACAAGCAGCAGUGCUACAUGACAGAGGACAUCGCAAGCCUUGGGAGACAGCCAAAGGACCUCGAAAAGCCAAUGUCGCCCACGUCACCGAUUACGACUCCGGACCCGAGGCAGCAGUUGAUGACCAGCAUGAAGACGUGCCAGAAGAUCUCCCAGAAGAAGUCGCGCAAGCCUGGAUGACAUAUCAGUCGGCCAAGGACAGAUAUCGGGCACAACAGAAGACGAGAGGAUUCAAAGGGAGCGUUGGAGAAAAAGGAAAGGAUGCCGAGAAGGAGGCCAAGAUCAAGGCGAUCAAGCAGAAAAGCUUCUGCGCUGGUUGCGGCCGCAGGGGCCACUGGCAUAAAGAUGAUGAGUGUCCGAUGAACAAAGGCAACGGCGGAGGAAAAACCGAAGGCGCCAAGGAGUCCUUGAAGGAGAUCGCCAUGACCACGGUCCUUCCCGCCGACGUGAUGACCCUGAAGCACGAGCAUGGACUGAUGGGAGUGGCAGACACGGCGUGCGCAAAGACGGUCGCAGGGACACAAUGGCUUCAGACAUACGCCGACAAACUUCAGGAGCUCCAUGGGCAGACUCCACAGCUGCACAAGGAGUGCGAAGCGUACAGGUUCGGCACCGGGAAGAUUCACUACAGCUCGUUCUUUGUGAUCGUGAGGUUCGAAAUGGGCGACAAAGUGGUUCAGGUGAAAACGUCGAUCAUCACAGGAGACAUCCCAUUGCUGCUGUCGCGCACAGUCCUCGGAAAGAUUGGGAUGAUCUACGAUGUGUCAGAAGGCACCGCGAGCUUCACGAAGCUGAACCUCAAGAACUUUCACCUGAGCACCACCGCUUCAGGUCACCCUGCAAUCCCCAUCAUCCCGGCAAAGGCCGAAGCGGAUGAAGUUCCAGUGCUCGGGAUCGACGACCUGCGUCUCACGGCCAAGCAGCAAUACAUGAGCGUGUGUGCAGUAGCCAAUGAAGGGAAGGUCCUCCAGAACCUCCUUGUAAUGAGCGACCUGCCAUGCGCGCGCCCCGUGUCCUUGAGCAAGAUGAACAAGACGGAGCUGUUGGCGGAAGCAGUGAGACGGGGCCUCACCGUCCACAGGACGUGGGCGCCCGAAGAGCUGAGGGCAGUGAUUCGCGAGUGCAUCGAUGCCGAAGCGGAGAAAGACCCCGAGGUACAGAUGAAGAAGGUGACCCAGAUGACGCUUGCGGAACUUCGGGAGAAGGCGGAGUCGCUGGGCAUCGAGGUGGCGCCGAAAGCGAGCAAAGGAAACAUUAUGCUCUUGAUCAGGGACUCGCUGAAGACGCCCGCCACGGAGUUGAUGUCGUUCGGCAGGUGGAAGGGAUACCAGUAUCGGGAGGUGCCCAACGCGUACGGCAGGUGGGCGCUGGAGGAAAUCAAGAAGUCAGAGAAUGCUCACCCAGAUCUCGUUCGGUAUGCACGGUGGUGGGAAAGCCAGAACGUCGAGCCUCAGCACAUGUUCUACACGGCGGCUCAGGGGUCCUCGAUGAUGCCUUCACCGUACCCCAAGAAUCACCAAAGUUGGCCUAUGGGAGAAGCGAUGUCACAGGUGGUCCAGGCAAGUUCUUCGGGAUUGGAAGCGAGAGUGCCGUCCUCGGCCGAGAGUGCGUCAUGGGAGGCGGUGUCGACAGCCUCGACCAAGAACCGGAACGGCAAGGGGGGCAACAAGGCGGGAUCAUCCACUUCGAGUACACCGAACCCGAAGAGAAGGAACGAGGGCAUGGAAGAGACGGAGGCCCAGAACACCAUGGAGAGCGAGAUCGACCCAGCCGUGGCGGAAGAGAUCAGAGCAUCGGAAACCAAACUGGCGGUGCUGAAGGACAAAGCGAGGGUCACCGGGAGGAAGGCACCCGAGGAGGAGUACGCGAAAGGGUACCGCAACCAGCACGAGACUUUGAUGGCCAGCAUGGAGGGCGAAAGCGACUAUGAAGCACCGGGUGAAAGAGAAGAAGCCAGCGACGGAUCGAGUAUCGGAACAGACCCUGAUUCUUUCCAUCAUGUGCUAGCCGCGAUGAUCGAAUGGGAGGACUACUCCUUUUCCACUUGCCUGGGGCUUUUGGAAGGCGCCGGGUUCCCCGAGGAGUCCUUCAAGAUGGUCAGGAAGCACAUGACGGGAGAGUGCCAGAGUGGACCGGAGCUGGAGCAAGCGAGCAUCACCUUCGGUAUGUUUUCGCAUGGAGGCGGAGGAAUAUGGCUGCAGCAAGAUGGAGUAGAAGAAGAACAAGUGAACGACCCGACCAACGACAUUGUCUGGAAACAGGACGCCGGAAAGGCCUGGAUCCCCGGGAAGUUCUACAACACUCGCAACCAGUUCCUCAUGUUCGACCCACACUACAAGCACGCGACUCAGGGAUGGUCAGGAGAGAGAUGGGGAUUAGCCUACCAUACCGUCCGCGGGCUUGUCCAAGCUGGGAACGAAGUCAAGAAAUGCCUCAAAAAUUGUGGGUUUCCGUUCGAAGCCAACCUGAAGAAAGGGAAGAUUGAAAAGAACAAAGCGGCGAAGCCUUCGAAAUCAGUGAGAAACAAAAUCUUCAACACCGCGGGAAAGCUCAGCGUGAUGAUGGCUUCGCUGAUGAUGGCAACGGGUUCGAUUACCGCCGAAGCAGGAGGACCAGUCGCCGAGUAUGACCCAAUCGUGAUGAUGGAGUUGGGAGGCGUCGAGGGAACUAUCGAAGCGGUAGACCUUGGCAAGGCAGUCAUUGAACCCAUGUCUUGGGAGCACCUUAAGGAGCCGGAGAAGCAGGAGAACGCUCACCACUUUGUCGUCGGAGCAUCACCUAAAGAACUGCGGAUACAUCUUCGAGACAUGCCGAACAUGGUGCAGGAGUUUGUCAAGGACUUGAUAGGGGAGCAGCUCGAGGAAGGAGGAGAUGUGGUGCUACGUGGACAAGAUGUACCAACAUGGAUCAAGGAGUUCGAAGAGUACAAGCGAUAUGAAUCCGUGGAGGAGGACGACGCAUGGAUCGUGGUGAGCAAGCCUAAGAAGGGAGCGGUGAUGAUGAAGGGGAGAGAACGACCACAUGAAGUAUGUACAGUUGAAGUCGGCGCAGAUGGCAACGCUGGACGAAGACGCCAGGAGGCAUCUGGUAUCAGCUUCGACGAGUCCGUGCCCCAACACGUGCAGUCAGCACUACGAAGGUUACAUCAGAACUUGGGGCAUCCGAGGAAAGAAGAUCUCCUUCGACAUCUUAGACUUGCUGGGUGUGAAGACCAUAUCAUCAAAGCAGUAAAGGGCAUGCAUUGCGAAACAUGCAAGACGACCCAAGGUCCUGGGAUAGCACGGGGAACAACGCUGCCGAGAUUGCUUGACUUCAACUCGUGUGUCGGGGUAGACAUCUUUUACGUGCACGACAUCCGGGACAAGAAGCAUGCUUUCCUGUCUAUGGUGGACUGGGCCACCACGUACCACGUCGUCAAACAUCUCGAGAAGGAGACCGGAGAGGAUGUGGAGCGUGCUUUCAACGACGCCUGGCUGAACGUGUUCGGUCCCCCCGCUUCGUUGUCUCUUGAUCUAGAUGGAAAAGUACAAGGUGGGCUAGCAAGACUAUGUGACUGGCAUUCCAUGAAGGUGAAGGAUGUCGCGGCCCAGGCGCACUGGCAAGCUGGAGUGACAGAGAGACAAGGGGGAUGGUUCAAGGCCAUAUGGGACCGCGUGGUGCAGGAGCUGAGCGUCGAAGACGAAGAGGUGGUUUUGGCGGCCACGAUGGUAUGUGGGGCGAAGAACGACUUGAGGAGGAGAUGCGGGCAUAGUCCUACGCAGUGGGUCUUCGGAAGGUCUCCACGAGUUCCUUCAGAGCUUGCAGACCCAGAUGGAGGAGAAGCAGUGACAUGGGACCUCACCCUCGACUCCAAGUUCCAGAGAAGCACGGCGAUUCGGGCGAGUGCAAGGAUAGCGUUUCAUCAAGCACAAGGAGACGAUCGGCUGAGAAAAGGAUUGAUGCAAAGGAGCAGGGCGGCAAGGGCGGCAUAUGACGUGGGAGACCCUGUUCACUACUGGCAUCAACCCAAAGAUCGACGCAGAGCAAGAUGGAUAGGUCCGGCGGUGGUGGUCGGAAAACAGGGAUCGAGCUAUUGGGUGUCGAGGAAUGGAAGAUGCAGAUUGACAGCUCCCGAACACCUGAGGGCUACGGGUGCUGAGGAGUUGGGCGAGUUCCUUACGAUGAAAGGCGUGAAAAGAGAGGUGGAAAAGCUGCUGAGCAUGGACAUCGACGACCCGAAGAUCUACGAAGAAGAAGAAGAAGAAGAGCGGCCGAGAGACGAAGAAGAAGAUUGGAUGGCCGAAUACGAACCAUCGAUCCCCGCGGCCGAAGAAGAAGAUAGAGAACCUGUGCAACUAGACAUGGAGAUCGACGAAGAGAUCUUCGAAGAAGAACAAGGACUACCAGAACCAAGAAGGAGAUUGAAGAGAAAGACAAGACCUGAAGCCCUCACAGUCGACAACAACAUCGGGGAGGUGAUGCUCACCAGGAAGGAACUAACAAAGAGAGGACAGGCAAAAAGGCAAGAGAAGGAGCUCUUGUGGAAGGAAAUACCCGACCACGCCAAGGAGAAGUUCAAGCAAGCAGAACAGGCCCAGUGGGAUGAACACUUGUCGUUCGAUGCGUUACAGCCCCUCGACACCGAGACCAGCAACCGCGUGAAGGCGACAUAUUCGGAAGAACGGAUACUUCGAUGCAGGUGGGCCUACAAGGAUAAGAACUGGGCGGCAAGGUGCAAUGGACAGGAGGUGGAAUGGAAAUGCAAGAGCAGGCUAGUUACAGGAGGCCACAAAGAUCCAGACCUAGGAGUCCAAGAGCUCACCACAGACGCCCCUACACUGUCAAGAACAGGCUUCAUGUGCAUGAUGCAGAGACUCGCCAACGGCCUCGAGUUGAACGACAAGAAUAAAGAGAAAUGGUCGGUCGCCGCGGGGGACAUAAGAUGUGCUUUCCUCACCGGAGGGUACUUGAGCAGGGACAACCCACUGUUUCUGCAUCAGCCACCAACCGGGUUCCCAGGAAUGCUGCCCGGGCAACUGGUGAAGAUCAAGAAGAACAUAUUCGGCCUUGCAACCUCACCGCAUGAGUGGUGGCAAAACCUUCAGGAGGGCAUCCUCACGGUGGAGAUCGAAUGGGAGAACAAGAAGUACAAGUUCGAGCCAUGCCCGUUGGACCCUUGUGUGUUCAUGCUACGGGAGAAAGCGGGUGAGACUUUCCGAGGAAGACCGAUUGGUUAUGUCGGAAGCCACGUGGACGACCUCCUGGUGAUAGCAGCAAGAAGAUUGAAUCGCCUCAUCCAGAAAAAGCUGUCGGACGCGUUCCCAGUGGAUGAUUGGAUUGAGGACUCACUCGACUACCUCGGCUCGGAGAUGACGUGCGGAGACAGCGAAGUGCCAAAGGGGAGAAAAGAUGAAGAGUGGGCAGAUGCCGAGAUGAUCGCGGACAACAGGAGUUUGAUAGGGGCACUGUCAUGGCUGUCGGCGCAGACAAGACCGGACUUGACAUGCAGCGUGAGUCUGGCGCAACAACUACAAAAGUGCCCCACCGUAGGCGACAUCAAGUUCAGCAACUUGAUCUCCGCGAGGGCAGUGAAGUACAAGAACUAUGGCCUCACAUUCAAGCCGGUGCCCUAUGAGGACAUGAUCUUUCUGGCCUACCACGACGCUGGUUGGGCAAAUGCUUACGAGGGAGAAUAUGACGAGCCAGGAUUUGAACUAAGUACAGAAGAUCGACAAGCAGGCCUACAGCGAGAUGUAACAGACUCGAUGAAAGACAGAAAGGCGAGAAAGCAAAACUCACGGGUCGCCUCGCAGCUUGGACAGUUGGUGAUGUUUGCCGAAAAGAAGUGCUUGACGGAGGUUGGCGGCAAAGCGAGCAUUGCCGACUGGAAGUCAAGGGCGGGACAAAGGGUGUGUCGUAGCACCUUCGGAGCGGAGACCCAAGCAUGUGUUGAGGGCAUGGAGGGGGCACAAUUCGUGAGGUCCUUCUUCGAGACGGUCGUGACCGGUGAGAUGACCAAGGUGGAGGACACCAAGAAGAACGUGAUGUGCCUCAGUGACUGCCGCUCUUUGUUCGACCACUUGCAUAAGGAGGGUAUCCCGAAGGUGCCGAGCGAUAGGCGUUUGGCCAUAGACCUAGCCGCCCUCAGACAGGCGAUGCGGUGGGAGAAGUGGAGCGCAAAACUGCCUCUCGCAUGGGUGCCAAGCAGCCUGCAAAUGGGAGACAUCCUCACGAAGCCUCAAGACGGAGCAGACUGGUGGAGCAUGGUCAGAGCGCGUCUGAGUGCCAUCCGAGUCAAAACGGCCGUGGCAGGGCUGCGGCAACGUAACUUUGACAAGUCUCCAUAG